AUGCUUAGUUUUGGGAUAGAAAUCAUUCAUGUAACACUAGAACAACCUUUCUGGUUUCAGCGCUAUUACGAAUUCACUCCAGAAGAAAUAAAGGCUUUAGAGGAAUGCGACAAGGAAAGCUUUUACCAACGUUGCUUACCUUUUAGUACAUUGUUUGCUACCAUGACCUAUGCAGCUAUACGAACUGGGCUAUUCUCAGAAAUAAUGAACGAAUUGAACAGAAACACGACAUUUCAUUUCACAGAAAAAAAUGUGGAUCCUACACCUGAAGAAAUCUGGAAGCAUGUUUCAUCCAUUAAAAAAGGAGACCAGUCUCCAAUGUUUUGCCUGCUAUGCGAAUUCUCUUCCACAUACUAG